AUGGCCUCUCAUUUUGAAACCCGCCCUCCAUCGUCCAAUCUGGUUCCGCUCAUGGAAGAAGAAGACAGACGUGUUCGAGACCUGUUGCACGCAUGCAUCCUCGUACCACUUAUAUAUCAACUCAAUAGCACCUGGGCAUUUGAAAACUUGCAAACAUUCAUGAGGAUAAUGAUGACCCUGGGACAAUCUCCCAUCUGCGACCGGAAUGUCACUCACGAACCCUACCUUUCCUACCAGCGACUUAUCCUAGACCAUAUGAUCGCGUUACGACACAUACUACAGAGAUUGUUAAUUCUGGUCCAAGAUCACCAAAAUGGGAUCCGGAGUUCCCCAGUCAGCGCCGGAGAUAUCACGUCACUGACACCUACAUACACUCAAGUCAUGGUAUCAUUCGAUACCUCUCUGCGAACCCUUGCCCACUUCCAGAAACCGGUAUCACUAUUCUAUCCGUGGCUGGGGCCUGACGAGAUAGACCGAGCCGAUGCAUAUGCUAGAGACCUCCUCAAUACCGUUCCCGAAUCCGUGUAUGAGCUUCCUCAGCCAGGCAUAACUGAACUACCAACUCGUUGA